AUGGUAACAUCAUUUCAGUUGCUUAUGCUUUCUCUUAUAAUGUUCUCAAAUGAUGCAUCACUUGCACAAUUCUUCAACAAUUGCAGCCCAGCUUUGUGUUCUGAUCCUCCUGCAUAUGACGUACCUGAACGUUGUUCGUGCCGCCCGGACUGCUACCUCUAUAAUGAAUGCUGUUCUGACAAGAUUAAUAAAACCACUUCUGAUCACAAACAACCCUAUCCAUCAAUGUAUUAUAGUUGUAGAAUGGUUAGUGAUUCUUAUUAUUAUCUGUUUGACCGUUGUCCACCUAACCAUGAUGUUGCAGAGUAUGUAAACAACUGUGAAAACCCUGACUCCGAUGAUCAACUGCAAAACAUACCCGCUUUUGGUAAAACAAGUAAAAGACUCUACAGGAACAUGUAUUGUGCUCUGUGUCAUGGAGAGGAAUUCACUCUUUGGAAUAUUCUGUAUAAAUGUAAUUUAAGAUCUAAUGUAAGCCUUGAAAAUUUAUCAAAUUAUGUCAAUAGAUGUAUGCGAAUUGUAAAGGCUCCGGCGGAGAAAUAUAAACAUUAUUUGCAUUCUUGUAUUCCACACAUUUCGAGUUGUCCUCAAGAUUACAAUAAUACCGAACAAAGAAUGGCAUGUGAGACCGAGCCAAUGGCGUUAAUAUAUUUAGAUAAGAAAUAUAUAUCAUAUAAUAAGAAAUAUGUAUCUGAUAAGUUUUACAAAAAUAGAGGUUGUGCCACGUGUAACGGGAUUUCUGAAAUUCAAUGUAGAGUAUUGUAUUAUAUAAAGACUAAAACACCUAUAUUUAAUUCACUAACAAUCCUUUUCAAUUAUCAUACCAAUUUUUUAGAGAUAAGAGAUGCAUUAACCGAAACUGUUCUACAGUUGCCAUCCUGUUCAAAGCACGCUGUCUACGAUAUGAAUACCAAUCAAUGUCGACAAGUUAUCUACCAUCCUCCACUAAACUGUACAUCAACAAGAUUAAAUGAAUCUGAGUAUUACAUUACUAAUGAUGGUCGUCUCUACUUAAAUAAUACCCAACGCUUGCUGAACCAAUCAGAAUUCACUCGUGAUUCUCAAGGUAUAAUAAGUAUCUGUGUAAACAAUGGUACCAAUAAUAUAUCAAAUAUCAAUGGUGUAUCAAAAUAUUCCGUGGCUGAGAGCUAUAUCACAUUAGUGGGACUCGUAAUCUCUAUUCCGGCUCAGGUAAUCACUAUUAUAGUCUAUCUCUGUAUACCCGAUCUCCGUACCUUACCAGGUAAAUUACUCAUUAGUCUUUUAUCAGCAUUGUUUGCAGCUGAGCUUCUCUUUCUCAUCUCAUCACAAAUCACUACAUCUCUAGUGAUGUGUAAAUAUUUAGCUAUAGUGAUGCAUUAUUCCCUUCUAGCGACUUUCUUCUGGAUGAAUGUCAUGUCUUUUGAUGCCUGGUACACUUUCUCAGGAUUUACACAACUUCGAAGUAAAGGAAAACAUACCAAGAGAUUUGUAUUGUAUUCCUUAUAUGCUUGGAUCUGUCCACUUGUAAUAGUAACAGUAUCACUGAUAUUUGAGUAUAUUCCUGGAAAUCACGGACUUUCUCCAGAAUAUGGAAAUGGUAAUUGCUGGAUUACAAAUGGAAAAAAUCUACUAUGGUUUUUUGCAAUCCCCGUAAUGAUUAUUUUAUGUCUUAAUUUCGUAGCAUUUACCCUCACCGCUAGAGGGCUCUAUUUGGCACGCAAACUUUCUUCGAAAUAUUUACCAAAACAUAACAGACCUGAGUUCAUCAUUUGUGUAAAACUAUUCUUUGUCAUGGGACUAACAUGGAUAUUCGCAUUUCUCUAUACGUUUACAGGAAUUGAAGAAUUUUCUCUAUUAUUUUGUAUUUUAAACUCAUUCGUUGGGUUAUUUAUUUGUGUAUCAUUUCUAUCAACAAAGACUGUCCGUCGCAAUAUUCUCCGGAAUUUGAAAAUAAUUAUAAAAUUGCCCGCAAAAGAGUCUGUUGAUUUGACUUCUGCUCAUAAAACAACUUCAACAGAUAUACCUACAUAA